AUGACAGAUGCGGGUGCCAUGGAGCCGUACUGGUCAUCGAGCCACCUGUCGACGGAUGCAGUGCAUCGCGAUGAGGAUGAGGCCGAGGCCGAAGCACUGGAAGAAGCGAGUGGUGACAUGGCAGGAAGGCCACGGGCCCGCGAGGAGCCUCUGGAGGAGCCAAGUUUGGAAGAAAAGAGCGAGGUGCGCGUGCUUCUCUUGGGCAUUCUCCAGAAGCGAAGGCCUGCAAUCAUGCCCAGGAGGGAAGCGUACUCAGGGAGUGGGAGGCAGCAAGGGGAAGCAUCUUGGGAGUCAACAGCAGAGUUGGAUCCUGGGCUGCAGACCGUGGUGGCCCCAGAGCUUGCCGUAGAUUGCAGUCGUCAACUUGGCGACUCGACGAAGGUCUCGUCGCACCUCGGGUGCUGGGUCAACGCCAUCUCUGGUACGAGGGAGACCCAAGGUGCGGCGCGGCGUGGUUAG